UCCUUCCUUUUAUCAUCACCAUAUGUGUACAAUUCUCAUUUCUGAAUAAUAAAAUCAAUGAAUUUUAUAUUCUUUAGUUAGCUCCUAUAGUAACUAGUACUAAAAAAAAAUAGUAUUAUCAUUCUUAAAACUUUUGGUUACACCAAUGAGUUCUUGUUUUGUACCUUUUUCUUCUUCACCAUCACCACCUAACUCAUCAACCAAUGAGACUCUCCUUGAUGGCUUAAAGUUUGGUAAAAAAAUCUACUUUGAAGAUGCAACAAGUAGUGUUGUUGUAGCAACUCAAAGUAAUUAUAAUAAUACAAAAUCAUCAAUGGUUAUGAAAAAGGGUACUCAUUUUCCACCUAAGUGUCAAGUUGAAGGUUGUAAAGUAGAUCUGAGUGGUUCUAAGGCUUAUUAUUGUAGACAUAAAGUUUGUUGCAUGCAUUCAAAAUCUCCAACUGUUGUUGUCUCUGGUUUGGAGCAGAGAUUUUGCCAACAGUGUAGCAGGUUUCAUCAGCUGACUGAAUUCGAUCAAGGAAAACGAAGUUGCCGCAGGCGACUAGCUGGCCAUAAUGAAAGGCGAAGAAAGCCCCAGCCAAAGUCCUUCUUAACCUCACGUUUUCCCAAACUCUCUCCAUAUACUCUUGAUAAUAAUGGCAAAGGUGAUAACUUUCUGAUGGAUGCUUCAUACCCAAAGUUUUCUCCGAGAACAUCUGAGCCAAUUCCCGGUAAUCAAACAACACAAAUUACCUGGCAGCAGAACAACUCAACGACACCAUCCGAUUUUUUCCUGCAAGGAACAAACUUUCAUGGUCCUACUAGACAUCCUCCUCCAAUGGAAAACUACAAUGAAGUCACAGAUUCAAGCUGUGCUCUCUCUCUUCUGUCAAACCAAACAUGGUAUUCUCGAAACACAACAACGGCAAGUGUUGAGAUGAACAACUUGUUGAAUUUCAACGGUUCGAUCAUUACACAAUCUCCUCAAGGUGCAGCCAAUUAUCAACUUGCAAAUUCCUCUUGGUUUCUAAAAGGCGUUGAUUCUCGUAACUGUAUGUCGUCUGAGGAUGUUCCUGAUCUCGGUCUCGGUCAAAAUUCACAGGCUAUACAGGCUAUUCAUAGCGAUCUUCGUGGUGUGCUUGAUGUGUCACAAGGCAAGAGGCAAUAUAACUAGUCACUUUAAAACUACUUAUGGUUGAUUUUAAUAUCCUUCUUGGGUUGUAGAACUAAUUGCAUUCUUCUUUAUGUUUGUUUGAACUUACGAGCAAGGUCUUGUUUCAUUUUGUGGAACUUCUAUGCAUUAUUGUUUUGGUUAAUCUGCACUCGUAAACAAUGUUGGUUGCCGUGUUUUAAUUUGUAAAACUUUAAGACAUGGAUCAUUUAUUGAAUGUGCUUUUGAUAAAAAAAAA